AUGACUGCUUCACAGCCAGUCCAAAUGUGCCCAAGAUUUCCAGAACCUGUACCAUUAGAUCAUCCCAUCCCAGUUUUGAAGGUUGCACUAAAAAAGGUUGACAUGCUAUUACGACAUAACAUCCAUCCAAAAAGCUUGCCUGCAAUGUCAGCCAUUGUGAUUUUCAAUGACACCGUUCUGUGGACGGGUAACUUUGGGAAACGAAAUGGAUCAGAUAAUUUCUCCUUGCCACCUAAUGAAUAUACUAUUUACAGGAUAGCAAGCCUUUCCAAAAUAUUUCCAACAAUCAUGCUGUACAAGUUAUGGGAGGAAGGCAGAGUUUCUUCACUUGAUGACCCUCUGGAGAAAUAUGCUAAGAACUUUACCAUCAAAAAUCCUCUUGGCCGACUGAAAGAAUAUGGACACAGGUUCACAGGUAGUGGUAUAAUGUUUCUAGAGAAAGGCAUUAUACCAAAGAAGUCUUCUGUGACAUUACGACGGAUGGCAAGUCAACUUUCGGGGUUACCUAGGAGACUGAGAUCCACAAAUUUGCUAUGGAGAGGAAAUACUCAGAAAGCACUUGAUCUUCUUAAGGACGAUGUUCUAGUGGUUGAUCCAGGAACAAGAUGUCAUUACAGCAACCUGGCAUUUUCCUUGUUGGCUCAUGUACUGUCCGAACAUGUUGCUGAUGAAGAUUACCAAACCUGGAUCUCUGAAAAUGUUCUUCAGGCUAUUGGAAUGGAAGACACACAAUUUGAUGUCACACAACAAUCUUACUCUCAGCUAGCUGUAGGAUUUUACAGCAGUGGUCAGCCAGCCCCAUUAUAUGACCUGGGUUGGUAUAGACCUUCAGGUCAGAUGUAUUCCACAGCUGCUGAUCUUGCAAAGCUGGCCAUGGUUUUUCUUGGAUCCUACCAUCGGCAAGUACUACAGGCAGAUACAGUCAAGACCAUGUUGACCCCUCUGUUUCAUUGUUCUCAGGACUACUUUGCCAACAAGACAGGAACCCCAUGGGAGAUCAAUGAGCAGCAUGGAUAUGAUGUCAUUAGGAAGGAUGGUGACCUAGAUGGCUAUUCUGCCACAUUUUCUCUAGUCCCAAAAAUCAAGCUUGGUCUCAUCAUCCUGAUGUCUGGAACAAGGCCGCAGGAAGAAGAAGUGGUUUCCAGAUCAUAUGAUUACCUCAUACCUGCCGUAGAAACUGCAUUUCGUGAGGCUAAUAAAGUCCUUUCUUCACCCCCAAACCCUUACCCAUAUGUCGGCUACUACACUUAUGCAAACCUAACUUAUUAUGAGAUCAAGGCAAGUCCUGAUGGCAUCCUGGUCAUGCAACAGUUUGGACCUCAUGUCGAUGACCUCAUUCCCGAGAAGUACAGGACUAUAAAGCUUAGCUAUAUUGAAGAACGAGUCGUGCAAGUUGUCUUUGAGAAAGAGUACCCCUGUAUUCUACAUCUAAACUCUGCCACUGUUUCUCUAGAAAAGCAGGAUGGGCAGCUUUUUAACUUCUACCCAUUUAAUCGGAAAGGAGUGUCACCUGGCUUUGAUGCUCCAGGACUCAACACAUACAAUGUCCGUCGCAUGCAUUCAAGGCCAAUCUUUUCAACAUAG